GAACGCCGCUUUGUUGUUGCUUUUGCGGUGCGUUUGAAGUUUUUUUUAGCAGCCGUCUAGCAGAUUGUUUACAUUAUUUUACCUUUUUAUACGGCAUUUACAACAAACAGAGGGCGUUGCUUAUCAAUCUGUAGUCUAGAGUACUGGUCUCUACAUUGAAGUCGCCAUGUCGGGCACAAUUCUGGAGAACCUAAGCGGACGAAAGUUGUCCAUAUUGGUGAGCAUUUUGCUGCUAUGUCAAGUGCUUUGCUUCCUUCUGGGUGGCAUUUUUGCCCCAGUGCCGGCGGGUCAUUUAACCAUCUUGGGUUCAUUGUGCCGAGAGAAUCAUGCACGUCAAAACGAUACCAACUUCUUUCUGUACUCGCGCGGCGAUGGUGCCUGCAAGCAGGUGACAAGCGAGGAGGUGGAUGCGGACGCUCUAAAGUUGGCCAACCAAAUUGUACAUGUCUUCCAAUUGCCGCUGCCACGAGAAAAUAAAAUUCUCGAAUACACCCGCUGGCAACAGAAUCUCAUUGGAGUCCUGCAAGUGGAAUUUGGCUACGACUCUUCACCCGAGUUACAUGAGCCGGCCAAGGAAUUGCAGUUAACGAUCGACAUGCGCCUGGCGUACCGCAACAAUGACGAUGCAGACAACGAUUGGAAACUUUAUGCUCACAGUGUAGAGCAUCGUUAUCUAGACUGCGACACUUCCCAUAUUGGACCCACAGAGACACUCUACACCUGCGAUAUGAUACCGCUCUUUGAACUCGGCGCCCUGCAUCAUAGCUUCUACUUGUUGAAUCUUCGAUUCCCAUUGGACUCGCCAAAGCAAAUGAAUUUGCAAUUCGGUCACAUGCACGAUCUGACCCUAACAGCCAUACAUCAGAAUGGAGGAUUUACCAAAGUGUGGCUAUUCCUUAAGUCGGUGCUGUUUCCCUUUGUGGUGGGCAUUAUGGUAUGGUUUUGGCGACGUGUUCAUCUACUGCAAAGAUCGCCUGCCCUGUUGGAGUACAUGCUCAUCUAUCUAGGCGGUGCUUUAACCUUUCUGAAUUUGCCAUUGGAGUAUUUAACACUGGGUCUUGAGAUGCCCUAUAUGCUAUUACUGAGCGAUAUCCGACAAGGUAUAUUCUAUGCUAUGCUGCUCUCCUUUUGGCUUAUAUUCGCCGGCGAACACAUGCUUAUCCAAGAUUCGGGCAACAAGUCAACCAUACGAUCACGUUACUGGAAGCAUCUCUCGGCCGUAGUUGUGGGAUGUAUAUCGCUUUUCAUCUUUGACAUUAGCGAGCGUGGUGUGCAGCUGCGCAAUCCGUUCUACUCCAUCUGGACAACUCCGCUGGGCGCCAAAGUGGCCAUGGGUUUCAUAUUUCUUGCUGGUGUGUCGGCGGCCAUUUACUUUCUGUUUCUCUGCUUCAUGAUAUGGAAGGUGUUUAAGAACAUUGGCGAUAAGCGCACAUCACUGCCGUCCAUGUCACAAGCUCGUCGUUUGCACUAUGAAGGUCUUAUCUAUCGGUUCAAAUUUCUUAUGCUUGCCACCCUUUUGUGUGCUGCUCUAACUGUUGCCGGCUUUAUUAUGGGUCAAAUGGCCGAGGGGCAUUGGAAAUGGAACGAACAUAUUGAGAUACAAUUGACUUCGGCCUUCCUCACUGGCGUCUAUGGCAUGUGGAAUAUCUAUAUAUUUGCAUUGCUCAUCUUAUAUGCGCCCAGCCAUAAACAAUGGCCAUCUAUGCAUCACAGCGAUGAGACUACGCAAUCGAAUGAGAAUAUUGUCGCAUCGGCGGCCAGCGAGGAGAUUGAGUUUAGCCAUUUGCCCUCAGAUUCGAAUCCCAGUGAGAUAUCCUCUCUCACCUCAUUUACCCGCAAGGUGGCCUUUGAUUAGGCACAAUCGAUUGCUCUCAACAUAGAGAGACGAUGGAGGAGGAGCUGUGUGUAUGUUAACCCCUCAGCUCGAAACGCUCAAAGUGUGUGCUCAUUUUUUGUAUUAGUAUUAGCAUUUUCUUGCCUAGUUUAACCAUUUGAUCUAUGUAGGAUUUAUAAAUCAGAUUAUUAGAUUUUCUUUGCAUGCUCAAAGUAUAUCUACAACUCAUAAGUAAAUAUAUAUAUAUGUAUGUAUAUAUAUAUCUAUACAUACAUAUAUCUAUAUUUUCAACUGAUAUUUAUCGGCAGUAUUAUCUAUUCAAGUCUCUUUUACAUUAGCUAAGUAAGUUUUUCUACUUUUACAUACAACAUCAUGCGUCACUCUCAGUCAAAAUUUUUUUAAACAAAAACCCAAAAUACAUAUUUUACAUAGUCCACAACAAAAAAAAAAGCCAAUUUUUCAAAUGUUUACUUAAAUAUAAAUAUAUAUAUAUAUAGAAUUUUCAUACAAUUUUACAUCUUUCACUUUUUGGAAUACGGAAAACAUGGAAAUUGCAAGAUAACAAUGCGACAAAUAUAAGUUGUUUUUUUUUCUCAGACUGUAUUAUAAUUUAAUUAACUACCUUUUGACUGAGAACGAUUUUAACAUAUAUCUAAUAUAUAUAAAUAUGUAUAAUUUAUAUGCGUGGAAAGACACGAUGACCGCAAAAGUCUUGCCCUUUUUGUAACCCAAAACAAAAAAAACAAAAAAAGAAAUGUAGAGCAAUUUCUCUCAAGUAGCAAUGCAACGAAUAAAGAAAAGCAAUUUAAUAAUUGA